GGUAAAUCGUGAUUUCGUCGUACGUCAAAUUUGGUUUAAUUUGAGAAAUGUCAUUCGGUACGGGGUUCGGAGUGACAACUUCGACGCCCGCUCCUGCAUUCGGCUUUGGUGCCGCUGCCUCUACUACGGCGACGCCGGUGAAACUGGCAGGAUUUGGAACACCAUCCUUUGGAUUUAGUGCACCAGCUACUUCGGCACCAAGUCUCUUUGGUUCUCCUUCAACUCCAGCAACUGGUGGAUUUGGAACUAGCACCGGUUUUGGAGCACCAGCUGCCACUGGCUUUGGCAACACAUCAACAAGUGGUUUUGGUUCAGCACCAGCAUUUGGUGCCACUUCAACCACUGGAUUCGGAUCCACUCCAGCCUUUGGCAGUACCCCUGCUGCACCAAACACCGGAUUUGGAGCAACACCUACCUUUGGAAGCACACCAGCCUCCACAACUGGAUUUGGUGGAUUUGGAACACCCACAACUACAUCUUCUUUAAGCUUUGGUGGUUUCAGUGGAUUUGGAACUGCAACAACCACAUCUGCACCUUCCUUUUUUGGAGGAUUUGGUACCACAAGUACUGCUCCUAGCUUUGGUACAUCCACUGGUUUUGUUGCUUUUGGAACAAAACCAACAACCACAACCACAACUACCGGGUUUGGUGGUUUUGCUGGCGGCACAGGGUUUGCAGGUUUUGGACCUGUAUUACCACAGCCCCAACAACCAUUUCAACAGCAACAGCAAUUACAGCAGCAACAAUUACAGCAACAGACUGCUAAUACUAUAUCAGAAGCAUUAUACAAUGCCGUAUUCAAUUGUCAAUUGUACAACGACGAACGCGACAAUAUUAUCGCCAGAUGGAAUCUCAUACAAGCUUUAUGGGGAACUGGGAAAGCUUACUAUUCCAUGAAUGCACCAGCUAUUGAGCUGAAUCAAGAGAAUCCAUUAUGUAGAUUUAAAGCUAUCGGGUAUAGCCGUAUGCCCGAAGCUGAUAAUAACGACGGACUAGUCGUUCUUUGUUUUAAUAAAAAGAAAAAAGAUGUUAAAGAGGGAGAAGCACAGUUGAUCGGUUUUAUGAAUAAUAUUUUGGGGAAUAAACCUUAUUUAACAUUGACAAUAGAUAACAUUAAAGAAACCGGGGAAGAUAAAAGUCAAGUGACAAUUUUCGUCACAGAGAAGGGAAUUACCGGAGGUCCAAGAAAGAUCCCUGCUAACGAAUUGGUUAUGUAUUUGGCGCAACCAAUGCAGAAGCAACAGUUGAUCCAAAAUGGGGUAGAAGGCGCGUUACCAUUAGUCAAGUUAGACCCUGCACGGCUUAAAGAAUAUUUAGAAAAUCCACCUUGUUCCAUCGAUCCAAGAUUGUGGAAACAAGCUCAAUUGGAUAAUCCAAAUCCAGAGCUCUAUAUACCUGUGCCAAUGAUUGGCUUUCAGCAGGUGAAACAUAGAUUAAAGUGCCAAGAAGAAGAAACAACGAGACAUAGAAAUUUCUUAGAUAUGGCGGCCGAGGAAAUACAAAGAUUACAGAGGCAACAUACCGCGAUACAAGCUAGAUUAAAAGAACAUCGAAGAACCUUGUUGGAACUUCAACAUAGGGUACUGCAGGUGUUGGUACGUCAGGAAAUUACUCGUAAAGUUGGGUUAUCCUUGCAACCAGAGGAGGAGGUUUUGACGCGUAGGUUCGAAGGCAUGCAUUCCCAAAUUAGUGUUCCAACACAGUUUAAAGGUAGAAUUAGCGAAAUGCUUUCUCAAUUGAGAAUGAGAAAUCACGUAGACACUCAAAACCAAGAGAGGUACGCAAUGGAUCCUAUAGCACAGGAUGACAUAAAAGCGUACCUGACAAUGGAACAACAAGGCAUGGCUCAACUUAUAGCAACGAUAAAUUCAGAUCUAGAAAGUUUGAAAGUCAUCAAAGAUGGCAUGUCUGAACUGUUGAUAAGUCACAAUAUAUCGUGAGAAUUGUAUUUAGUAACGUGAAAUUGACCGCAUAUUUUCGCCACAAUAACAAUAGCGAUAUGGCUAUUAUUAUCGCCGAUAAUAAGGUUGCAAGAAUUUGAAAGGGAACAUGAAAUUAACACAAACAGAUAUAUUGCACCUUCGAAAAUUGCCACCAUAUUUAUUUUGAAUCUACAAUAAAACUGCCAUCGCUGGUUUUUUUUCUGUUAUCGUUUACACGUAUAUCUGUUUCGAAAUCUUAUUCGAUCGAAAAAUAAGAUUGCCAAUUAUGAUAACUUUUCACGUGUUGGAUACGUAGAUAGUGUCAAGAAGGAAACCGUUGCCCGGAUGCACGAUGUUUGAAAACAAGUUUUUACACGACACGGGACGCGUCGACCAUAUUAUAUUCUUUCACCAAUGUUAUUGAAAUGUGUUUAUAUUUCAGAUAUCGAAGAAGAGAGAAAAAAAAAGAAAAUAUAAAAAGAGGAACUUGUUAUGUGCUGG